AUGGAAGCUGAAAAAGAAGUAGAGCAACAAGAGAACUUGACAGCAAUGAAACUACCGGUACUGCCGAUAAAACCCAACAGUCACAGCCACUCUAUAUCAUCACCCAUUCACAGUUCAAUAGCAGCUUCUGUCCCCUUUAGCUGGGAAGAGCAACCAGGCAAGCCCAAGCAACACUCUUCUUCUUCAUCAUCCUCUUCCUCACCAUUAACUUCUUAUUCUUCAUCUUCUCCUAAAACCCACAAGUCCUUGGAGCUACCACCAAGGCUACACUCGCUUGAAAACGAUGGAAGGUUACUUACCAAACUGAACUCGCCCAUCACUGUCUUUGAUGGACCUUACAGCAUGACAAGAUCAAGAAGGUUGGAUUCACCUUCCUUUAGGAUGAUGGUAAAAGGUAGUGGUGAUUGUUAUGGCUCUUUCAGGAGUGACAUGUAUGGUGAUUUAGAUGAUGUUGAUGAGGAGACCAAGCAGGAGAACAUGAGUAGUGGUGGUGGCUCUUUGGCUCUUGUGAAGAAGAGAAGGGGGUUAGGGUUUUUUGGGUUUAGUAGGAGAAGAGCUUUAAAAAGAAAAACAGAGUUUGGUAGAGGUAGUUAUGUGUUUCCAUCUUCAGUGGAAAGAGAGAGUGAAUGUGGAAGAAAAAAGGAGGAAGAAGGAGAAGACAAAAGCAUUGGCUAUGGUGAUGGUGAUGGUAUUACUUGCAGCCAAAGCAGCAGGUUUGGUGAAGUGAAUAUCUCAAACAUUAGCAGAACAGGGAGCUUCUCUACUUUGCCUACACCACCCUCUUCUUCUUCAAAGUCUCACUUCUGGACCAAUGUGUAUGCAGGACUAAAGCAAGUGGUUCCAUGGAAGAACAAGAAGACUACAGACAUCCUCGCAUCUCUCCGUCUCCUCAACUCCACCACCACCACCACCUCCUCCGCCUCCUUGCCGCACCGAUUCGGCGACCUUCUCACCAACCACCACCUCCUCAUGGCGGAUUCCUCCUUCUCCGUCGCCAUCCGACGCGCCGCGAGCUUCAUCUCCUCCGUUAUGAGGUCUGGGGGAAACACCACCGUGUUGGAGGAAGCGGCUAUAUGCGCCGUGCUAACGAACGCCGUGGAGGUGCAAGAUAGAGCCGGAGUCGCGAUAGGGAUCGCGGUUUACGGCUCGCGGUUCUCGUGGAUCAACCAUAGCUGCUCAGCAAACGCUUGUUACCGUUUCGUGAUCUCUCCUCACAGUCAGGGCAGCGAAGGUAAUGGACCAAAGGUGGUUGUUAGAAGCAUAAAGAGGAUCAAGAGUGGUGAAGAGAUUACUGUGUCGUACAUCGACUUACUGCAACCAACGGGAUUGAGACAGUCUGAUUUGUGGUCCAAGUAUCGAUUUAUUUGUAACUGUGGAAGAUGUGCAGCAUCACCUCCGGCUUAUGUGGACUCUAUUCUUGAGGGAGUUGUUACCUUGGAUCAUGAAAUAACAACAGUUGGUCAUCAUGACGGAGCCACAGUGGGAAAGAUGACCAAUCACAUCAGGGAAGCCAUAGACGAUUUUCUAUCAGACGACAUUAAUCCUGAAACAUGUUGUGAGAAGAUUGAGGGUGUUCUCCUUCACGGCAUUCUGGAUUCUUCACUGCGGUUACAUCCAAGUCACCAUGUCGCUCUCCAUGCUUACAUUACUCUGUCUUCUGCUUACAGAAUCCGUUCCAUUGAUUCUAAAACUGAAACUGACUUGGGGAGGGCUUUUGACAUGAGCAGGAUAGGUGCAGCUUACUCUCUCUUCCUUGCAGGUGUUUCUGACCAUCUCGUCUCCACAGAACUCUCUUUUGCUAUUUCUGCUGCAAAGUUCUGGACAAGAGCUGGAGAGUCCUUGUUAGAGCUUGCCUGCAAGUUUUUGAUGGGGUCUUCUGGAGAAUAUGAUGUCAAAUGCCGCAAAUGUCUUAUACUUGUUGAAAACCAUGAUUCUCAUAGAGGAAUCAAAGAAAAAUUAAAUCAGAUUAUCAAGUGUGUCACUGACACCUCACAAGUCACAUGGAGUUUCCUCACUCGCGGUUGCCCUUACCUGCAAAAGUUUAAGAGUCCAAUUGAUCUCAGCUCUACGGGGAGACAAUGCAAGAGUGAAGAAUCGAGUGUAGACCAAAGGGUAAGCAUUCUCCUACUCUCUUUUCAUUGCUUACUCUAUGCAGACCUUCUGACUGAUUUAUGUUACGGCCACAAGUCACAUGCGGUGUCUUAAUCUAUAGCUUUGAUAUUGAGGAAUAUGUAUUUUUGUAUUGUGUCAUGUCAUCUGUUAGUUAAUUUGAUACAAGGAAAUGUUUACUCACAGGAAAAUUGUUAAAAGACGUGGGUAAUUUACAGUUCAAGGCACUUAUGCUCAAAUUAUAUAUCAAGAAAAGUCUUUUUGACUCUAGAGCUUUUAUCGAUAAUUUCUUACUGUUGCUACUUUUCUUCCUUGUUUGUAAAUGUAAAAAAAAAACCUAAAAUUCAAAU